AUGGCUGUUACUGUCCCUAACGAAGGGUCGGCGACCUCAAUUGAGCUGGCUCCUACGCCGGCCGGUACGAUCUCCGGUGAGGCAUCCAAGGUCACUCUUAUUGCGACCAAAUCCGACGAGGCUCUACGGGAAUUGGAAGCAGAAAGAAGUGCGGUGUCGACGCGAAUCACAGCCAUUGUUAUUACCUGCGUGACGUUCAGUACGGGGAUUCAAAGCUUCCUGGCUGGCCUGGUGACCAUAACCCUUCCGACAGUGGCCGCGGACCUGAGCUUGCCUGAUAAUUUGGUUCUAUGGCCGGUUACUAUCUACUCCUUAACGUGUGGGUGCACUCUUCUAGCCUGCGGCUCGAUCUCAGACGUUGUCGGCAAUCGCCAGACCUAUUUACUCGGCUGUCUGCUGCAAACCGCCUUCACGCUGGGAUGUGGACUAUCUCAGUCCGGCGCGCAAUUGAUUGUCUUUCGUGGUUUCUCCGGCGUGGCGGCUUCAUUCUGUCUCCCGUCGGCAGUCAGCCUGAUUAACGAGGUGUUCCCGACAGGCCGAUCGCGCAACAUUAGCUUUGCGGCCAUGGGAGGAGCGCAGCCAGUGGGAUUCGGACUCGGCUUGACUCUCGGAGGCAUCAUCGCAGCCAAAAUCGGCUGGCAAUGGGGAUUCCAUGCGGCGGCGAUCCUUAGCUUCGUGAUGCUCUUCCUGGCGGCAUGGCAAUUACCCCGAAACGAAUACCCUUCGGCGCGCGAGAUCGGGCAGCGUCUCUUGAAUGACAUAGACUGGGUGGGCGUCAUCAUUGCUAGUACAUCGCUCGCCAUACUAUCCUACGUGAUUGCGGCCAUCGCAGGAAGUCCCACCGCAAUCCGCUCCCCAACCAACAUCUCCCUACUCGUGCUAUCAUUCAUCGUCCUCGGCAUGUUCGUCGUCUGGGUCGGUCGACAAGAACGCCUAAACCGACCAGCGCUCAUCCCCAAUUCCCUCUGGCGCCACAAAGUCUUCUCCUGCAUCUGCAUCAACGUCUUCUGCGUCUGGGCCGCCUUCAACGCCUUCGAACAGUUCCAGAACUUCUUCUUCCAAAAUAUCCAACUAAUCUCGCCCUUCGGCUCUGCGCUGCGCUUCCUCCCCAUGCCCGUCGCCGGGGCCCUCGCGAACAUCCUCGUCGGGCUGAUCGUGCACCGCGUCCGCGCCGACUGGAUCGUUAUCAUGACGCUCAUUCCGUCCGCCGUCGCCCCUUUGCUUAUGGCCCUCGCGAGCCCGAAAUGGCCGUAUUGGUCGUGCGCGUUUAUUGCUAAUUUCCUGAACCCGAUCGGCGCGGAUGGUAUCUUCACCGUCUCGAAUCUGCUCAUCACGUCGAUGUUUCCGCCUAAGACGCAGGGUGUUGCUGGGGGUGUGUUCAAUACGGUGUCACAGACGGGAAAAAGUGUAGGCAUCGCGUUGACGGCGUUGGUGGCGAACGGCGUGACGCAGAAAUCCGGGAAGGUUGGGUCAGAUGAUACCGGGGCGCUGUUGGAGGGAUAUCGGGCUGCGUUCUGGUUCGAGUUUGCAUUGACGGUGGCGUGUCUGGGUGUCAGUGUUUGGGGGCUGGGGAGGAUCGGGAAGGUUGGGAGGAAGAUGGAUUAG